UAAAAUGUGUAUUAAAACCAGGAAUACGUGAAGGUUACCAUACAACUAAAGGUAAUAACGCUUAACACCAAUUAUUCAUACAUCCACAAAGUGGGGAAGUGCUUAACACCAAUUAGAGACCAUUCGUGUCCCCUUAUUCAAUUAUUUGGAGGGGAAGUUACAAAAUAUUUGUCUUAUUUUAAUGUUUCCCGUAGCAAUUUGAAAUAUGCUCCAUUAUAAACUCCUUCAUGUUUACUAGGAAAUACUCCCAUUUGCACGAACGUUGAAACACAGCACCUCUAUAUUUGCUUUUAUACUGCUAAUGGCUUCAUUUGGAUUUGACACUCUUCCCCCAUGUAUCACGUUCGGUGAUUUACGGAUCGGUCGACCAAUGCAGCGAAUAAUUGGCCGUUUAUUACGAUUUUGGGAAGCUCGAAAUGUCAAAAAAGGUGAUGAACUCAUGAGUGUAGAUUUUCUACUCAUUGACGAAAAGUCUACUGUUGCACAAGGAUCUAUUGGUCGCCAUCUUUUGAGUCGCUACAAAGACGUGUUACGUGAAGGAGCUAUUUAUCUUCUAACCGAUUUUGCCGUUGUUAGGGCUAACGAUCUAUUCAAGCUUACUGAUUUCAAACUAUCUAUUCGUUUCACGGAACGAACUAAUAUAUCAGAAGUUGGAGUAACCACUAUCGAGAUACCAAAAGAGUUUUUUAGGUUUCGUGCUUACGAUGAACUAAUUGCGUUGGCUAACAAAAAUGAAGAAUUACCAGAUGUUAUUGGUCGAGUCCAACGUAUAAGAGAUACUAACAACGAUCAUUUGUUAUCCAAGCAAAGAGUUGUUGUUGACCUACAAAUGGCAAGUUACCAAGACAUUCGUAUGACUGCAUGGGAGACGAAAGCCGAUGAAUUCCGUCUCAAACUGGAGAACACAGCUAAACAACCAAGAGUGAUUUUGGUGACUAAUAUAAAUCCUAAGUUUGUCGGAGGAAUUUUAUACCUCAAUACAACAUCAGCUUCCAAGUUUUACUUUGAUGAUGAGGCUGAUGCAAGCAAAACAUUCAUUAGCAUGUUUAAAGAUAAUAUAGAUGAAGCACUACAGAUUGAGCAGCCCGUUCAUACGGUAAUGAAGAUGGAGACGGUUUCUAUAUCUGAAUUGUGCGAUUUCAUAACAUUGUCCAAAAGUCAGGAAGCGGAGUUUUUAUGCAAAGCCACAAUUAUUGAAGUUUCCCUUAAAAAUGGAUGGACCUAUGUCGCUUGUGGUAAGUGUUCUAGAAAAUUAGCGAAAGUAUCGACAUCAAUGGUUUGCAACUAUUGCCACGAUACCAACGCAGUCGGAGUGUUGAGGUUCCGGGUUGAAUUAGUUGUGCAAGAUGGAAAAGAUGUAGCGUUUUUCACUGUGUUCGAUAGAGAAAUGACUAAACUACUUAACAUUCGUGCUUCAGAAUCAAUUGAACCAAAUGUGCUUAAUGUCGAUGUGGAAGGAAAAAUUGGCGAUAUACCAAAGUGUUUUACACCUAUUAUCGGUAAACAAAUGACUUUCCAAAUCAAAGUGACACCGUAUAAUUUCACGACUAAGCAUCAUUCGUUCACUGUGUCCCGUAUAUUUGACGAUGCAUCGGGAUCCAAAGAUAACAUACCCAAAGAUACAGAUGUCACAAAGGACAAUACAAAUGAGGUCUCACAUGAGUUAGCGCAAGCUCAGAAUGUAAAGAGGCUGGGGAAAAAACCGCGUCACAAAUAAAAAUAUCAUUUCCAAAACCCUUUUUAAUAUUCGAACUCCAUUUCAAAGUUAUAAUUUCUGUCUUUUCUAUUUUC